AUGAAUCCACUCCUGAUCCUUGCCUUUGUGGGAGCGACUGUUGCUACCCCCUUUGACGAUGAUGACAAGAUCAUUGGGGGCUACACCUGUGAGGAGAAUUCUGUCCCCUACCAGGUGUCCCUGAAUUAUGGCUACCACUUAUGUGGUGGCUCCCUCAUAAACGAACAGUGGGUGGUGUCAGCAGCUCACUGCUACAAGCCGGCAAUUAACUCAAAAUUUUCAGGAAGAGGGUGUGAAUAUCACGGACGCAUUCAGGUGAGACUGGGAGAGCACAACAUCGAAGUCCUGGAGGGGACUGAGCAGUUCAUCAAUGCAGCCAAGAUCAUCCCGCACCCCCAAUACAACGAGGUUAAGAAAUAUAACAAUGACAUCAUGCUGAUCAAGCUUUCCACACCUGCUGUCAUCAAUGCCCGUGUGUCCACCAUCUCUCUGCCCACCGCCCCUCCAGCUCCUGGCACCGUGGGCCUCAUUUCUGGCUGGGGCAACACUCUGAGCUCUGGUGCCGACUACCCAGACGAGCUGCAGUGCCUGGACGCUCCUGUGCUGACCCAGGCUGAGUGUGAAGCCUCCUACCCUGGAAGGAUUACCAGCAACAUGUUCUGUGUGGGCUUCCUUGAGGGAGGCAAGGAUUCCUGCCAGGGCGACUCUGGUGGACCUGUGGUCUACAACGGAGAGCUCCAAGGAGUUGUGUCCUGGGGUUAUGGCUGUGCCCAGAAGAACAAGCCUGGAGUCUACACCAAGGUCUACAACUAUUUGGCCUGGAUUAAGGACACCAUAGCUGCCAACAGCUAAACCCCCAGUCACUCUGCAGUCUCUAUACCAGUAAAGUGACCCUGUUCUCA